CAACACUUGAACGCAGACGCGGUAGCGCCGCACGCCCUCUGCGAGUAUGCUGCGCCUUCCACUUGCCGAGCUGCUUCAUAAUUGUUACACAGACGAGUUUAAUAAUUAAGCGAUAAAUAUACCAACAGAGUGGAGGGCGGCAGUCGAGUGGCGACCGCGUUCCGUGCCAGACAUUCGCGGCAUGUGAUGAGCCUGAAGCUCAUUCGACAUUUUUCUAUCGAACAUCGAAGGAAUCUCACCGGACUGGUUCCCGCGCAAUGCUGCGUUAGUGCGCCGCUCUGGUGAACCCUUUCGCUUGUAAAUGUGCCGAUAUUUACAUAUGCGCGCUCGAUCUCGCGUCGAACUUUCGAUCUGCGCCCGUGUUUCACCUGGUGUGCCCCGUGCUCAGGCCGCCGACGCGCCCGUGCCGCAGCCGCCGCCCCAGCGUGCUCAACUCCUGCACAACGUGCGAUGAUCCACGUGGGUCGAGGAGAAUUAUGCGUGGGGCGUGCGCGUGCGCGGUGGUGUGCGCGUUGGUGGCGUUGUGCGCGGCUUCAGGGCUGGACGAGGCGACGCGUGCUGCCGCCGAGAAGCAACUGCUGGCGCUCAUGGGGCUGCCCCGCCGGCCGCCGCCGCGCGCCCGGCCCGGCCCGCCCGUGCCGCAGGCCAUGCGCCUGCUGUACGACCGCCGCGCCAGGAUCCCCGCCGCCGCCGCCAACACGGCGCGCUCCUACUACCACACUCCCACCGAGCUCGACGAGCGCUUCCCUGGCGAGCACCGCUUCCGGCUGUUCUUCAACAUAACCGGCGUGCCGAGCGACGAAGUCGCGCGCGGCGCCGACAUCACUUUCCAACGCGCCUCCGGGGCGACGGGCAAACAGAGACUUCUCCUGUACGAUGUCGUGCGCCCCGGCCGCAAGGGAAAGACCGAGCCGAUUCUGAGAUUGCUCGAUUCGGUUCCUCUGCGGGCCGGGGAAGGCUCCGUGACCGCCGAUGCCCUGAGUGCGGCGAGGCGAUGGCUCAAAGAGCCCCUGCAUAAUCAUGGACUAUUAGUGCGAGUCAUAGAAGAAGGUGCGGAAAGCGAAAGUGUUAAAUUUCCUCACAUAAGAGUGCGCCGACGGGCGACCGACGAACACGACGAGUGGAGCGCCCUGCAGCCGCUCCUCAUGUUGUACACGGAAGACGCGCGAGCCAGGACGGCGCGGGAGAGCGAGUCGAGACUGACGCGCAACAAACGCGGGACUCGUAAGGGCCACCGGCCGCACCACCGGCGCAAGGAGGCCCGGGAGAUCUGCCAGCGCCGGCCCCUGUUCGUCGACUUCGCGGACGUGGGCUGGAGCGACUGGAUCGUGGCUCCGCAGGGCUACGACGCGUACUACUGCCAGGGGGACUGCCCGUUCCCCCUCGCCGACCAUUUGAAUGGUACCAAUCACGCGAUUGUACAGACUCUCGUCAAUUCAGUGAAUCCGGCCGCGGUGCCGAAAGCGUGUUGUGUUCCCACCCAACUUUCCUCUAUUUCUAUGUUAUAUAUGGACGAAGUGAACAAUGUGGUGCUUAAAAACUAUCAGGACAUGAUGGUGGUGGGAUGCGGUUGCCGAUGACGAAGGCCCCAUCCGGUGCGGACUUAGUGAUAUUUUGUGGACCCAGUGUACAUAUAGUUGUGGCCUCGAAAAUUGUACAUAAUAUAUCUGUAUAUACAUAUUUGUGUAAUUAUUAUUUUAUUGAAACGAUAAUGAUAUAAUAAAAGAUUAAAAUUA